CCGCGCUGCUGCAAACACGACGCCGGUAACGUGUGCGGCGGCCGAAAGCGCGCGCUCCUGGUCGCUUCCAAGACGACGAGAAAGGAGGCGUGUCCCGUUGGUGCCGGCGCCUUCCUUCGCGCGGGCGCGCGACCCGCAGUCGUCGACGUGUUGGUUCGCCGUGUGGUGUCUGCGCAACGUCGUGCUGAGAAAGUGAAAGCUCUCGCGCCAAGCGAUCGACGGAAUUUUUGUUGCGGCGCAGUUUUCUUUUUCUUUUUUUUUUCUCUCGUUCCCCGCGUACGCAUCGACGCGCCGUGAUCUGCGGCGGCUUUCCCGUGUCGCGUAAACAGCUGGCGCCCGUUUCUUCUCGCUGAAGCGUACCGCCCUCGCCCUGUUCUCUGCGAGAGGAUCGUACUACCUGCGUCUGCGACGGUAGCGGCACCACUCCGUCAGGCAUUCAACCAAACGGAUACCACCACAACCGCCAGGGGCGACCGAUUGGAGCAGCGGCAGGAGGAGAAGGAGGAGGUGCGGCCAUGACCUACCGCAGGGGAGCCAAGGACGAUGGCUGCUGCAGCGUCGGAUUCCUCAAGUGCCUGCUGCACGUGUUCAACUUCAUCUUCCUGCUGUCGGGAUGCGCGGUGCUCGGCGUGGGCGUGUGGACGCUGGUGGCCAAGCGGCACCACCUGAGCCUGCUGACCACGGCCACCUACGCGUCGACGGCCUACAUGCUGGUGCUGGCCGGGGCGCUGGUCAUCCUCGUCACGGCGCUCGGGUGCGUGGCCGUCUGCCGCCUGCACCGGUGCUUCCUCUUGGCCUACACCUUCCUGCUCCUUUUGAUAUUCCUGAUGGAAGCCGUUGCGGGGAUCAUUGCCUACGUCUAUGAAGAACAGGUGUGGCACGAGUUGGCUGAUGGACUGAACACAACUUUCGUCGAGAGCUACGGCAUCGACGCAAGCAGAACAGAGGCAAUCAACGAUUUGCAGCGCACCUUCAAGUGCUGUGGAGCCAAUGGCUACGACGACUGGAAACUCAGCAUGUGGCUUCGCAAGCACUCGCGUACCAACAACAAGGUUCCGGACUCCUGCUGCAAGACCAUAGGCCCGGGCUGUGGCAAGUUGGCCCACCCAUCAAACAUCUACUAUGACGGAUGCAUCAACGCACUUGAUGAGCAGAUUCGAGAGCAUUUAAUCAUCAUAGGUGCUGUCGGCCUCGGAAUAUGCCUUGUUCAGGUUUUUGGCAUGAUAUUCUCCUGCUGUCUGUACCUGAGGUUACGGGAUUACAGGAGGCAUCCGCAGUACUACUGAUGUCACAUUUGUGGAGCUUCGAAAGGAGGGUAAUUGCGGGAAAUGAGAGAGGGGACUCGUGCAGCACAGAAUGCAACAUACCAAAGGUGCUGUGCCCAUAGAAAGGAAGAACGGAGAAUUCUCGGGCCUUUGUUCUGUACAUAGCAGGACUUGCAGCUGUGUAGGUUAUUUAUUUGGUGCACUCUAUGCCAAGGAAAGAAUCUCGGUGUCAUCUUGUGCUCGUUCGCAUUUUCUUUUUUUGCUUGUACAUAUGUGUGGGCUGCAAUGCCGUCAAAUGCAAUGUGUAAUUUAGUGUUAAUGCAUUUCGUGAAGCUUUAUGUCAAGGUUGUGCUAAGGCAACAUCGAUGGUCAACUCAUUACAACUUCCAAGUGUGUGUGUAUUUUUUUUUCUUAGAGAAUCAUUAACUUAAAAAGUGCUUGAGAGUAGGCCUCAGUAUGCUGAGGUAUUGGAGUCACAUGUUGCUAUUUCUGUACAGCAUCUGUGCCGUUCUCUAUUUAUAAGCUGUGUAGCUUUGCUGUGAAGAUAAUGGCUGUUGGUUGUAAAUAAAGUCUGUUUCCUCAAA